UAAACCGUUUAUUAUAUGUUUUUGGCAUGUUGCGGUUACACGAGUACGAUGAUGUUCCUCUGGAGCAUUGACUAUCACGAUCUUUGUUUGUUUAAAGUGUUAAUAAUUUGAAAUAAAUACAAAAAAAUAAAAAUAAGAAUGAUUGUUAUUCUUUCUCCAAUAUACUCCUACCUUUCUUCGCUCGGUCGGUCUGUAACUUUCUUCAAUCAACUUUCUCUUCCUUAUUCUUAUUCUUUUGUUCUUUUCCCUUUCCAAUCAUUCUUCUUCUUCUUCUUCUAUCAACCUUGUCUUGUCUUCUUCCCUCAGGAGAUACAAUACAAAUGAAGCUUUUUAGUUCUGUAACGGGUGUUGUCUUUCCGGAUCCAAAAAAUAGGCUGUUCCUUUGGACACUCCUCAUUCUUCUUUCCUUGAUUUGCGGCGCUUAUUUCCUUGGCAAUGCAUUCUCUGCAAAGGAGUACAAACAAAGACUGGCACGAUGGGGACUAAUUUAUUCAAUGCCCGAUACAACAACAUCCAAUUCCAAUGCAUGCAAGAAACAAUGCCGCCCUUCUGGAACUCAGGCAUUGCCUCAAGGAAUUGUUGCUAGGACCUCUAACUUGGAAACACGGCCCUUAUGGGACGACUCUGCUGUAAAUAAUAGAAUUUCGAACCACCCAUUGAAUUUGUUGGCUAUCUCAGUAGGAGUUAAGCAAAAAGAAGUUGUUGAUAAAAUCGUCAAAAAGUUCCCGUCAAGUGAUUUUGUUGUGAUGCUUUUUCAUUAUGAUGGCUUUGUGGAUGGAUGGAAGAAUUUAGCUUGGAGUAAUCGUGCCAUACAUGUGUCUGCUAUAAAUCAAACGAAAUGGUGGUUUGCAAAACGAUUUUUGCAUCCAGACAUAGUUGCUGACUACAAUUAUAUAUUUCUCUGGGAUGAGGACCUUCUUGUCGAUAAUUUUGACCCGAAAAGGUAUUUAUCUAUUGUUAAAGAAGAAGGGCUAGAGAUAUCACAGCCUGCACUGGAUCCUGGUAAAUCAGAAAUACAUCAUCCAUUGACAGUUCAUAAAGCAGGAUCAAAAGUACACAGAAGGUAUUAUAAGUUUAAAGGUAGCGGAAGGUGUGAUGACAAUAGCACCGCUCCUCCUUGCUUAGGAUGGGUGGAAAUGAUGGCACCAGUGUUUUCUAAAAAAUCUUGGCAAUGUGUAUGGCAUAUGAUCCAGAAUGACUUAAUCCAUGCCUGGGGACUGGACAGACAACUUGGUUAUUGUGCACAGGGUGAUCGAAUGAAAAAUGUAGGUGUGGUGGAUUCUGAGUACAUAGUUCAUCUUGGCCUGCCCACUCUCGGGGGAUCUAAUGGAAAUGAGGGGUCGUCAAAUUCCCAUAGAGAUGAUAGUGAUAGACCUAAAGUGAGGAUGCAGUCGUAUAUUGAAAUGCAGGUUUUUGGGAAAAGAUGGAAAGAUGCAGCAAAAAAGGACCAAUGUUGGAUUGAUCCAUAUGAACAACAACAGGCAAAUCAGACUAGUCAUUAGUCUGUUUUGUGAGGUUUUAUCAUAUCAAAAUCCAAGUUCAUUUCAUGGUCAACAUUUCUAACUGACCGAAGUCGCACACACCAUAUCAUAUUUUGAUGAAUGAAAGCCGUGAUUGGUUUCCAGUCGAUUUUUUUAUUUGAUGUUUCAAUGAUUUUACAGGAACUAUUAUACUUCCCUUUUGUGAUUUCAGUCAUUCAUUCCCUUAAAUAUUGGUGUACAUAAAGGUGGUAUAGAUGUGUUAAUAGGAGGAAUGACAGAAAAAGUGUUUGAUCAUAGUUUUUUUCGCCCCUCUAAAGGUCAAUGUAAAUAGGUCACAUGGCCGAAAUAUUAUCAAAUGUUAUUAUUCGGAUUCAGAUGAUUUAUAUUUUCAUCUAGUUAAUUGUUGUUGGUGUUAUUUCUCGUUA